AGAAAAGAAAAAAAAAAGAAAAAAAAAGAAAGAAAGCAACAGUAGUAUCUCUUAUGAAUUUAAAUUUGGAAAUUGACAUAUUUGUGAUCCAAACAAAAACCAUAAAUAGAGCGCUUCCCUUCCCCAAAGCUUAAAACCCUCACCUUGCUUUCCUUUUUGUAAAAGCUUAUUCUAUUUCAUCAAUCAUAUUCUUUUCCUUCGUUCUGUGCUCAAGUGAAAUCAAAUCCCUCCCAAUCUAUCAAUUCCUUCUCCACUUUAUUACCUCAUCAUCCUCAUAUUUUGUGGAACAAAUUUUUUUUUUUCUCCUUCUUCGAUUGUUGAAGUACACGAUGUCGCAGGAUUCAUCAUCAAGCAACGAUGACGGCGGAGUAGUAGAAGGGAAUAUUGGAGAACCAAGCGCUCUGCAGAAGCAUGUUAUGUUCUUCGACAUUAACAAAGAUGGUGUGGUUUAUCCAUGGGAAACUUUUAAAGGUUUCCGGGCAAUUGGAUGUGGAAUUCCGCUGUCUGUGCUGGCUGCCCUCUUCAUCAAUCUCGGUCUUAGUAGCAAAACCAGAAGCGAAAAGGGGUUUUCGCUGUCGUUCCCAAUUGAAGUGAAGAACAUCAAAAAAGCAAAGCAUACCAGUGAUUCUGGCAUUUACGACACCGAAGGAAGGUUCGUGGCAUCAAAGUUUGAGGAGAUAUUCAAGAAGCAUGCUCGCACCAAUCCGGAUGCCUUAACCUCCAAAGAAUUGAAUGACUUACUCACUGCUAACCGCCAACCAAAGGACUAUGCUGGAUGGUACUUAUAUCAAUCUAAUUAAUUAUUCACUCGUCUCUGUCUAGUUCAACAAACAUGAUUCUUGACUUUUAUAAAUUUUCCCGAGCAAUCGUGACAUUGUUAUGAAUAUGAAUAUUGGCAGGCUUGCAGCCUACUCCGAAUGGAAGAUACUCUACAUACUGUGCAAGGAUAAACAAGGAUUACUGCCUAAGGAAACUGUCAAGGCUGUGUUUGAUGGAAGCUUGUUCGAAAGAAUGGCAAAGGAGAAGGCUUCGAAUAAAAAAGCAUAAAUCUAUUUAUUUGUAAAAGAAUAGAAUAUUUUUACACCCUCUCUUCUUAUUUUCUCUAGCGAUUUUUUUUUUAAAUUAUUUCAAUUAGUUGUGUGUUAAUAUGAUUUCAUCUGCAUAGGAAUUGCUUAUACAUGGAUUUGUGGUUUGGUACUAGAGCGCUAUUGUAUUAUAUAAGCAUAACUCGUAUAUAUUCAACAUGCAGUAAAUGAUUUAGUUCGUUAUUAUUUGUAUCUUCGUCUCAAAAUUACAAUCAUAUUUAUUGAAUUGUAAUAGUGCCAAAAUAAAAUACUAUUUUCUGAAACACAUGGGCAUAUUAUUAAAUUGAAG